AUGGAAAAUAAGCUCUUCGUCUCUGAAAUGCCAGUUGAUGGUUGUGAAAAAUCUUCAAGACCCUCUGGAGACACAGCUGUUAUCGCUCACGGUCAUCAUGAUCAAGAAAAGAGAGUUCGUAGGGAAAUUGCCAAUAGCAAUGAGCGACGGCGGAUGCAAAGUAUCAACGCGGGGUUCGACUCUCUCCGUAUCCUAUUGCCAUCCAUAUCAGAUGGAGAAAAGAUGAGCAAGGCGACAAUAUUACAACUGACCGCCAAAUAUAUCAACACGCUACUCAUGCGCGUUAGUUUACUGGAAAGCGAAGUAGCUGUGUACCGACAGUCAGCUGGUUUGCAACUGAAUCCAGUCUCGUCAGAGUUGUCUGGUUCAACGGUGACUUCUAGAAAACGCAAAUCUGAUGACUUAAAGGACCGGCCGGAUUGUAUGCGGAAUCGACGUCGACGAGUCGAGGUUGAAGGCAUAUACGAUUCAUCUCGCACGAAUUACGUCCACUUUUCUCCUGAAAGCACCGAUACACACCAGUCAUCCCCACUUACUUCUUUCAAUAGUAGCACAUCGAUUUGUUCAGCAUCUCCUCAGCCUGACAGCACAAGCAAUACUGCUGCACGACUUGAACAUUUGGUGAUGGCAAUUGAGCAGAUUGAGGGGGGUGGUGCUCUUAACUUGUCUCCCCAACCCGAAAGUCAUGAUGAAAGCUUCUCCACUGGUGAUCACUCACCUCCGGAAACGUACUGGCAUAGUCCGCAAGAAAAUUACCAUGGGUAUGCUUAUGUUGAUGCCCAAACAUCUAAUCAAAAGUCUAACAAUUUGUUUGGUGAUUCCCUCCUGCUUACUCCAGUAUCGGAAAUUAAUCCCUCUUUAAGCUCUAAUGACAAUGUCCAGACUCACAAUACUGAGGAUUACCCUAUUGUAGCAAAACUCCUUAACCGCCCUAUUCCCCACAAAUACCUCCACAGGCCUCAAUUUCGCAUUUUCAACUCCUAA